GGCGUCGCGACGCUGCAUUCACGAGACGAGAGUCAACGAAACGAGCGCAACAACAGCCGCGAUAAUCGCGACAACCGCGAUCAUUCGAAACAACAUCAUCGGUUCUCUCUCGAUAUCAAUUCUCAACGAACAGUAUUAAUACCCUACCAUUCGUCUUUUCUUUUUUUUAAAUUAAUCCUUCCUUUUUGUAUUACUUUACGGUGAAACUAUGUCAUCAGUGAUGCUUCUGCCGCGUUGCACGUACGCGAAAAUUUGUCAGCAUGCCAUCGAUGGCUCUUUAAAUGGUCCAAACUGGCCGUCUUCCAACAUUCCACCUUGAUCAACCUCACCAUGACACUCUUGCCCUCUUUAAACGUUCCCUCGAAUCGUCAAUUUUUCAAUCGCGCAAUUCUUCUCAUAAAAAUGAAAGAAUCACUCAGCGACAAAGUGGCGAUGUUCGAACAAAACGCGAACAAACACCAGGAGAAACAGAGCAAGAAUCCAUUCACCUCUGGAUUGAACCUCGAGAAACGAAAAUUUUCCAAGGACGAAUAUGGCAGACCGGAAGCUGGUUCUCUGACGGCUAUGCGUGGCCGCAAAGCAGCAGCCCACAUUCUCAAAGAGGUGCUUGAACUUUGCGAGAUCAUUUAUCAAGAAGGUACACCCUGCCGGGAUGAUCCAGAGAUCAUCGCGAUCACGUUCGGUGAUCUCUUCAAUAUUUAUACUCACAUCAGCGACAAAUGCGUGGGUCUUCUACUGAGAGCCAGGAAACAGAAGUUGGUUGACUUCGAGGGGGAAGUUCUGUUCCAGAGGCGAGACGACGACGUACCGAUAUACCUGCUGAAACCUCUGAAAGAAAUCCGCGAGCUUUAUAACCAGCGACUACAGGAGAUCGCAAAAGAAACGCCAUUGAGUUAACAAUCGCUUUAACUUCGAUCCAUCCGCCCUUCGACAAACGACUCGUUGAAUCGCUUCCGGAGUCGUAGUUCCGCCAAUGACCAUUGUAUAAUAUAGAAUGUAAUUUUGAUUGGAAACCGAGGAUGUAAAUAUGAAGCGCGAGAUUGACGAGUGAAUGAUGUAGAUUCUUGUUAAGAAACGAACUUGUACAAUGUGAUACUUCAUAGGAUAGAAAUAAAAAGAUUUUUAUAAAA